UGGAUGGAACGUAGAAUGUGGCGCUGGGCAGAGGGAGACGCUACACACUGCGCUCCAAAGCGGCAACAAGUUUCGUCCUCCCGCAGCCUCUCGUGCAAAAUAAUCACCAGCAAAGCUAGUUCUUCUCCUCUGCACUCUCUUUGCAUACCCCGAAACAGCCUUUUCCCUCGCAUUUUGCAGUCUCGUUUAUUUUGCUUAUUGCAUUGUUUAUUUGUGUUCUGGGAGGAAGUGGUAAGGUGGGGGUUGAAGCUGAAGUUGUGUCUUUUUUUUGUUUUGCAGUAUUUGAUUGCUCGCUCUCUUUUAAUUAAUUGUUACUUUCUCCCCCCCAUCACGCGCACACAGACACACACCUCCCUCGAGCCCAAGGUUGUUGCGAGGUGAUGAGAGUGUUGCAGAGUAGCCGCUUGCUCCCGGGGGUUUUGCUGCGGCCGUUCUGCGCCCUGCUGCUGCUGCUGAGCGGCACUCCCGCUUCCCGGAGCGACGCUGAGCUGCCCUGCCAGAUCCUCAAGCGCAUCGGGCGCACGGUGCGCCUGGGCGCGGUGCUCCUGCUGCCGCAGCAGCAUCCCGGAGCCCCGCCGCUGUCCGGUCCCGUCAAGUCAGGGGCCGCCCGCGAUGCACUGCUCCGGGCCGUGCGGCGCCUCAACGCCCGGGCGGCGGAGCUGCUGCCUUACAACUUGUCGGUCGAGCUGGUCAUGGGCAUGGAGACGGGCCUGGGGGAGCUGCCGGCGUUCGGCGUGCCGCCGGCCUCUCGCCGCGACCCGCAAUCCUUCCUGGAGAGUGUCUGUCGCACGGUGGUGGUGCAAGGGGUCAGCGCCCUGCUGGCCUUCCCCCAGAGCACCGGGGAGCUGCUGCAGCUGGAGUUCCUCUCGUCCACCAUCCAGAUCCCCGUGGUCAGCAUCGUGGGCAAGCAGUACCCCAGGCAGUCCAAGAAUCCCUUCCAUCUGCAGAUGAGCCUCGAAACAUCUCAUCCUACCCAUGCAGAUGUACUUAUCUUCCUCCUGACGAUGAAUAGGUGGUAUGAUGUCAGCCUAGUUUUGUGCAAAGAAUGGAAUGUAACCAACUUUCUCAGUCUUUUAUAUAAUAACUCCAAAUUUCACCUCGGAACCAUUUUCAAUAUUGCUUCGGACAGCGAUGACAUUAACUUUGUAAAUUAUUUGCAAGAGUACUUGGACACAGUCAAAGAGGCACCAUUGUCCAUUGUCACUUUUGGCUGCGGCAUUGAACAUUUCCGAAAGAUUUUUCAGCUAGUAGCUAACUAUGGAUUAAUGCUGCCGGAACAUCACUGGAUUCUAGGUGACUCUCAGAAUGUGGAGGAGUUGAGAACUGAAGGCUUGCCCAUGGGUCUCUUGGCCCAUGGUAAAACGACAGAGCCGGUUUUCCAGAAUUAUGUGCAGGACGCAGUGGAGCUGAUAGCCAGAGCUGUGGCAACUGCAACUUAUGUGAGGCCAGAACUGGCCCUUAUUCCAAGUACAACAAACUGUAUGCAUUGGGAAGAAAUGAAUAUAACAUCAGGCCAGUUUCUUUCAAGAUUUUUAGCAAACACAAGCUUCGAUGGCGUCUCAGGUUAUAUUAAAGUAACAGAUCCAUCUGUUAUCACUUCAGACAGCCAUUACUACAUCUGGAGCCUACAGCUUGACCCUGUUGGGAAGCCUAUGUGGACACGUCUUGGGAGAUGGCACGAGAGUAAAAUUGUCAUGGACCAUGGGAUUUGGCCCAACAAGGUGCAGAAACCAAACAGUGGUGGCAGCCACUCGACCCGGCUGCAUUUAAGAGUAGUUACCCUUAUUGAACAUCCCUUUGUAUUCACUCGCAACGUAGAUGCAGAUGGCCAUUGCCCUGCUGGUCAGUUGUGCUUGGAUGCUCUUACAAAUGAUACUACCAUCAUCGAGAGCCUCUUUGAGAACCUAAAGUCAGGGAAUGAUUCUGUGCCAAUGGAAUACAAGAAGUGCUGCUAUGGCUAUUGUAUCGAUCUCCUCGAAAAGCUAGCAGAUGACAUGAGUUUUGAUUUUGACCUGUACAUAGUUGGCGAUGGGAAGUAUGGUGGCUGGAAAAAUGGUCGCUGGACAGGGCUGGUCGGUGAUUUGCUCAGUCGUGCAGCGCACUUAGCCGUCACAUCUUUCAGCAUCAACUCAGCAAGAAGCAAAGUGAUUGAUUUCACCAGCCCUUUCUUCUCCACCAGCCUAGGCAUCCUGGUGCGGACUAGAGACACGACAGCCCCCAUCGGAGCUUUCAUGUGGCCACUGCAUUGGUCAAUGUGGGUGGGGAUCUUUGUGGCUCUUCAUGUAACAGCAUUAUUUCUAACUCUGUAUGAAUGGAAGAGUCCUUUUGGGAUGACUCCCAAGGGGAGAAACAGGAAGAAGGUCUUCUCCUUCUCUUCAGCCCUCAAUGUCUGCUAUGCCAUUUUGUUUGGUCGGACAGCUGCCAUAAAAACCCCCAAGUGUUGGACAGGACGGUUCCUAAUGAACCUGUGGGCUAUAUUCUGUUUAUUCUGUCUAUCCACAUACACUGCUAAUCUAGCUGCGGUAAUGGUAGGGGAGAAAACCUAUGAGGAGCUUUCAGGAAUUCAUGAUCCUAAGCUCCACCACCCAUCCCAAGGUUUCCGUUUUGCAACUGUACGGGAAAGCAGCGCUGAGGAUUACGUGAAGAAAAGUUUCCCAGAGAUGAAUGAAUAUAUGAGAAGGUAUGAUGUGCCAACAACACCAGAUGGUGUGAAAUACUUGAAGAAUGAUCCUCAAAGACUUGAUGCCUUUAUAAUGGACAAAGCACUGUUAGAUUACGAGGUCUCGAUUGAUGCUGAUUGCAAGUUGUUAACCGUUGGAAAACCUUUUGCAAUUGAAGGCUAUGGAAUUGGCCUUCUACAGAACUCCCCACUGACGUCCAACAUUUCAGAAUUAAUUAGCCAGUACAAGUCAGAUGGCUUUAUGGAUAUGCUACAUGACAAAUGGUAUAAAGUUGUACCAUGUGGGAAAAGGAGCUUUGCUGUGACUGAGACUUUGCAAAUGGGUAUCAAACAUUUUUCAGGACUCUUUGUGCUGCUGUGUAUUGGUGUCGCUGGUUCCCUCCUUGCAACAGCGGGCGAGCAUAUAAUCUACAGACUGGUACUUCCCCGGAUCAAAAGGAAACCAAGACUGAAGUACUGGCUCCACACAAGCCAGCGAUUUCAUAGGGCUUUAAAUACAUCCUUCAAUGAUGAACAAUUUCAGCAGAAACUAAACAGACUGCAAAAGAGGUGCAAUGUUGAAAAUAACCAGCAAAUGGUGUGGAAUACAGCCAGUCAUGCACAUUGGAACAGGCGGAAAUGCAUCUUCAAAGAUAUUCAACAGCCUGAAGUUAAUUUGAAACCUUGCCAAGUUGAGGACCUACCCCCAGUAGUGAAAGAGCUCCCUCUUACCGUUAAUUCCAACGGCAAACCUGAACCACUUUUGAAAGCCAGGCAUUCAGUCAUUCAUGAACUAACAGAACUGGAGAAACAGAUUCAGCUCAUCAAACAGGAACUGCAGAAAGCAAUGAACAGGAAAAAUGAACUGGAAGAGUAUCAAAGAACAGUCAGGAAUCCAGAAUCUUAGAACUCAAGCUGGCUGAAAAAUGACUCAAAAUUAUUUGUUGUGCCCUCGAGCGCUUCGAGUUUUGAAAACUCUGUCUUGGGCCUUAAAAAGGAAACAAAAUAUAAAGCCAACUGUCCCAGUCUGCACCCCUCACCACCCCCCAAACUCCAAAACAAACAAAAAACACUUACUACACUAUCCAAGCAGAGGAAACUAAUUGCUGACACAAAAUCCUAGGCUGGUUUUCCAUUUAAUAUUUCUGUUCGUCAGAAAUAAAAGUGAUGUUUGCCAAGGUUAACAGAAGGGAUACCAAAGACAGUUACUGCAGACUGGACAAUCAAGAGUCUCCCUGUCAUAUAUAUGUGUUAAUGUGAUCUGCACAGUUGGCAUGGCCUGCCCCAAAAACUAAUUGAAAUGCUGCUGUGCACAUCAGCACUCCUCAGAAGUGCCCAAGACUGUUCUGCAAUUGAUAAUUAUAGAACUUUAUACAUCCCAUGGGUAAUUUCCCGAUGUGUGGCAAGUUGACAUACACGGUAGGGCUUCAGUCUCAACAGUGCAAACAACAGAGGUUGCACAUUGGAUCACUGCAUACCAUGUAUUUACAGAGGCACCAGUAGGACUAAAGAAGUCCCCCAAGACUUUGUACAGUAUGUUCCACAUUAGAAAGAGUGAACGCAGUAAAUUAUUGUGUAGCUUUUCAUGCAGACCUCCCAACAGCAGGGGAAGGGGACAUGAAUAUUUUCCAGCACUUAGUUUCUCAAUGUUUUGAUGUCACAUUGUGAUGCAGAGAUGACACUCUUGGGAGUUAUUAAAUCAUAGUAAAUUUUUUGUAUGUGGAUUUGACAGUAAAAUCGUAUUUCAUAUGAACACUGUUGUCUGCACAAAUUCCCAACCAACCAAUCACAAACUGUAGUGGGUCAGUUUGUCAGAGGCUUUGCAUCCAGAAGCUCUCUUUUCUGGUCCACUGCACAGGGACUUGGCAAUGAUGUGACAUGCACGAGGGUAAUUUCCUGGGCAGUGUCACCCAUUUGGCUGAAUCCCUCACCCCACAGUGCCUUUGACUAUCAGUAAAAAGAUUUCAGUAUUAUCCAGGAGUUUUGCUAGGCAGUGUGAAUAGUUAAUUCUGUCCACUACUGAAGUAGAAUUGUCAUCAUAUAAUUGAUGGCAAGUAUGAGAAAUGCCUGUAAGUAUAUUUUCAACUGAUAGAGUAUCCUUCAGCACUUGAGAUUUGACAAUAAUGUACUUCUAGUUAAUACAGUCAGUGGUUGUACAGUUUUAACUUUGAGCUUUGAUGUACUAGAGUACCAAUUGUGCACAAAAGGUGUAAUUUUUUUUGGUGAUGGUAAAAUUUGGUAUUAGCAAAACAGCUACUUGUUACACAUUUGUCUUAAUUUUAAAUUUCUUUGAUAUUGUCCUAUCCAAUGACCAGUCCAACACUUGUUCCAUUUUCAACUAUCAUCCAUAGCCAAAAAUGGCAUCUGAAAAUCAUUAAAAACAUAUAAAGUUUCAAAUUAUGUUUUUAAGGCCUUGCAUACUUUCAGAUUUGGGCCUCAUUGUAUUUGAGUAAAUAAUUUUAUAGUUGCUAAGUUAUUGAAGCUUUCAUCACUUGCAGGUUCAGUUGUGCAGACCAGAUCAUGUAGAGGCUUAAGAUUCUGUUUAUUUACCUUCUGUAGCUGGAAGAGAGAAAAAACUCACUUUCAGAAUAGCUAUCAUGUCCUCAGUAUGCUCUGAAGCACUUUACAGUUAAUGAUGUACUUUUGCAAUACAGUCAUUGUUUUGAGGUAGGAAAUACAGGAGCCCUGCAUGUGCACAAUGAGCCUCCACAUUGGGAGAAAAUCGUCAGCUCUUCUUUUUUCAAUGAAGUUGAUUGAAGUAUAAAUAUUUUCUCAUAUGUGAGGAAAAGCUCUAGUGUUCUUUGAAAUUAUCAUGAGCUUUUCUGAUACAUUCAUUAGAAAAUCCAGAAAGGACCUUGGUUUACCAUCUGAUCUAACAGAGUUGCCCGAAAGUUGCACAGGACAAGCUUAAAUUGAGUGCUCAAAUCUCUGGAACAGGAUUUGAACCCACAAUCUUCUGAUGCAAAAGUAACACUGCUAUGAAACUGAUAGUUGAAUCCAAUGAAUUUGAACAGUCUCAAGUGAAAACAAGCCCUGAGUAUAAGUGCACACUGAAGUAGCAAUCUCACUAACCAGAUCUUGAAAAGCUAAGCAAUCAAUGUGUCACAUAUGUAGGCAAAGACUCAUUGAGAUUUAUUUACAGCCUCAUUGCCUGGAUGGGGAACUGGCAGAGUUGAGACCUGCCUGUCAUAAAGCCUUCUGAAAAUUUCUAUUUUCGGCUGUGUGUUGCAAUCUCGAAAUUUAAUCCUUACUGUGCCUCCUUGGGCCUGCUCGGUACAAAUUGAUGUCAAAGGUAAAAACUGUUCUGUAACAUAGCACCUGUAUUCAACCCCUUGUAGCUUGCUGGACAAACAAUUUCUCUUAAAAACGGUAAAAGCAGCCCUUAGUAAGCAGUGUCAGUGAAAAUUAGUACAUUUUUCAAUACUGGACUGAACUGUGUUUCUUCCUCAAUGCAACUUAUAAAUCAAAUUGCCACUAAACUCAAAAGACCAUGUUAGUACCAUUACUAAUAACAUUUUAUUCUGCGUGAUCACCUUUGAAACAAUAAUUAAAAACAAAGCUUUGAGAAGGUAUCAGAUGUGGGGAGUAAUGAGAUACAAAGUGUUACACCAAUAUCGGUCAGAAAUUAGCCAUUUUGCAAAAUGAUAAUGCUACCAUUUUGUAAGGCCACAUUAUAUUGAUUGUUAUUUAAUAUUUAUUGCAAGGGAUUUCAUGGCAACCCUUUUUUGGGUAGGGGAGCAAUUGUGGAGGGAUUGGGCAAGAGGAUGGGGAGAUUACAACCUUUUUUUGGCUUGAUGUGGGAGCUGUGAAGAGCUUAGCAAUAAAACUAGAUUGCUGCAGUGUUUGCUGAAAAACACUUGAGCCACCUUUACUCCAUUGAUUUUCUGAUAAGGUUCAUUGUUCUGUAUUUUUUUUGCUGAGUGACUUGAAGCACACAGAGACGAAUGUAAUUAAUGGUUAGAACAGUGCAAAAGUUUCAACUGGAAAGCAACAGAAAAGAAGUAAUGUAGCCCAAGGUAAGCAAAUAUUGAAGAAGUUUUAAGGGCCAUAUACCAGAAACAUUCAAAUUGACUGUGGCAAUGGUAUUUGAAUCUAUUUAACAGCAGGCUAUUAAAAUGUCACUGAAAAAGUAAUAACUGAAUACUGCAUGCAUUCUUUUAAUAAUGUACUCCAAGAAACCACAUAGCUACAUAACUGCCCACAGCAACUGUUUCAGUUCAAUAGUCGCAACUUUCUAUAAUGAUAUGCAAACAGUAUAAAUUGUAUCUGUGGGCUAUAAAUGUACCUACUUUCUCAGGGUCGAAUCAUUUUCGA